CUGUGCCACGCGAUGGGCACCCUCCGGGACAAUGAUGCCCUGCUGAGCCUGGGGGCAGUGCUGGAUGUUGCCAGCCUGAGGGACACUCUGCACCAGGCUCUCCUCUCCCUGCUGCCCAGCGUGGAGCAGCUCUUCCUCUACCUGCGAGAGGAGGACUCCAGGCUGCUGUGUGCAGCCCCCCCCCACGAGCUGCCCCCCCACGGCACCAUCAGGGAUGCGGUGUGCAGGCAGAAGCGGUUGGCAUGUGGGGGGCUGCCCCCUGCAGAGCUGCCUGGCAAGCACCUGGCACCCCUGGCAGCACCCCUGGCACCUGGCACUCAAGUCCUCAUCCUGCCGCUGGUGGACAAGGAGAGCGGCGCCGUGGUCUGCGUCAUCCUGGUGCACUGCGGCCAGCUGAGCGACUCCGACGAGCAGAACCUGCGUGCCCUGGAGAGACACACCUUGGUGGCUUACCGGCGCCUGCAAGCCCUGCAGAAGCUCCAGCCCCAGGGCAGCCUCUCCCCCAGCGCCUCGGCCCAGGCUGGGAAGGUGCCGGAGAGCAACUACAGUGACCUGGACUGCAAGAUCCUGCGGCUCUGCGGUGAACUUUACGACCUGGAUGCGGCCUCGCUGCAGCUGAAGGUCAUCAACUAUCUGAAGGAGGAGACUCAGUCCCUGAGCUGCUGCCUGCUGCUGGUCUCGGAGGACAACCACCAACUGUUCUGCCAGGUGGUAGGGGACCGAGUGCUGGAGGAGGAGAUCAGCUUCUCGCUCACCUUUGGGCGCCUGGGCAGGGUGGUGGAGGACAAGAAGUCAAUCACCCUGCAGGACAUCAGCCAGGAGGAGCACCAGCAGCUGAGCAGGAUGCUGGGCACGGAGGUGAGCUCCAUGCUCUGCGUCCCUGUCACCAGCAGGGCCACGGCGCAGGUGGUGGCCUUGGCCUGCGCCUUCAACAAGCUCAGCGGAGAGAGCUACACAGCUGCUGACGAGCACAAGAUCCUGCACUGCUUCUGCUACACCUCCACAGUGCUCACCAGCACCUUGGCCUUCCAGAAGGAGCAGAAGCUCAAGUGUGAGUGCCAGGCACUGCUGCAGGUGGCAAAGAAUCUCUUCACACACUUGGAUGAUGUCUCGGUGCUGCUCCAGGAGAUCAUCACCGAGGCCAGGAACCUGAGCAACGCCGAGAUCUGCUCUGUCUUCCUCCUGGACCGCCUGAGCCACGAGCUGGUGGCCAAAGUGUUCGACGGGGGCGUGGUGGACGAUGAGAGCUACGAGAUCAGGAUCCCUGCAGACCAGGGCAUUGCCGGGCACGUGGCCACCACGGGCAAGAUCCUCAACAUCCAGGACGCCUACUCCCACCCCCUCUUCUACCGCGGUGUGGACGACAGCACCGGCUUCAGGACGCGCAACAUCCUCUGCUUCCCCAUCAAGAACGAGAGCCAAGAGGUGAUCGGGGUGGCUGAGUUGGUCAAUAAGAUCAAUGGGCCCUGGUUCAGCAAAUUCGAUGAGGACUUGGCCACUGCCUUCUCCAUCUACUGCGGAAUCAGCAUCGCCCACAUAUCCCCUCCCAGAUGA